AUCCUUGUUCAAGCAUAAAAUAUAAUGUAGACACAGUGUGGCCUGGCACGAUAAGGCUGAUCGCAAUGAUAUCAUCGCCCCGUUGAUGUCAUCAGCCCUACGGGACGGGACCACAGGCAACAGAAAUUCAAAACCCCAGACAAAAAUCCCCAAAGACACUGCCCAGACAUUCUCACCUAUCAAUCUCAUCCCUCGAUUUAACCUCGCUAUAUCAAUUGGCUAUUCCUUUGAUAUAUACGCAGCCACGCCAUGACCUCCGCCAACGACAACAACCCAACCGUUAUCGAACAACGCGCCGAACCGACACCAGGCACUAGCAAUGAGGGGUAUACGGACAGCGUCAAGGACCAGGUCAACUCGACAGAGACGGGGAGUUCAUUGGCGGAUCUGGGGAAUAAUGCGAGUGCGAUGAUUGGGGAGUCAUUUAAUGAGGUUAAGAAUAGAGUCAGUUCGAUAUCGCCGGGGGAGGUGGUUGAUGGUGUUCGGGAACAGAUUCAGUCGAUAGCGAAUGGGAAUGGGAAUGAGGAUGAUGCGGAGAGUGAGCGGGCUGCGAAGCAGGAAGCAGAGAACGCGCCGACCCAAGAAGAAAUCCAAAUAAUCGAAAAUAUGGAAAGGGAGAAGAUCGCAGAAUUCCUUCAGGAGAAACACAUGAGCAACGCCAAUUUACAACGCGGGAAAUAAUUUAUAUCAUAUACCCCUCUGCCUGUACGUGAUAGUCGAUAUAUGCAAUGCUAUUUAAGGUAUUUACAGAACAAC